GCGCACGCUCACUGUCGCUGGGGAAGGGGGCAGGACGCAGCCCGGAGAGGAGUGACUUACUUUCAAAAAUAGGACCCUUCAUCACAGCGGCGACGGAGGGGGCGAAACAUGGUUGGCUACGGAAAUAAAUAACGGGACCGGGGCGACGUUAUUUAAAUCCGAAAGGAGCGGAGCCGCAGAAGAGAAGAAGAGGGAGGUGAGAAAUAAAGAGGGUUUGAGUCGGUGCAACACGUUGCUCUGUUGAUGUUGGGUGUUUGGACGCGAAUACCGGCCGAAAAAUAGUCCCCGACGCCCCUCAUUGAGGAUCCUCCGUUCCCGUGUGACCCUGCUGACACAGAAAGGAUGGUGAUGGAGGAGGGGGGGCUGAGAGACAGAGGGAGGGGGACUCCAGCAACGGUGGACUCAGAGCCGAGACAGAUCCUGGUAGAGCUUGUGGAGCAGAACCUGGAUGCCAUUUGUCUUUCCACAUACCGGACAGCCUGCAAGCUCAGAUUCAUCCAGAAGAGAUGCAACUUGCAUCUGAUCGACAUAUACAAUGUGAUCGAGGCGGUGCGGGACGCCGGGCUGAAUGCCGUGGAGCUCCACGCCGGCAUCUCCGUCACCCGACUGGAGAACUUGGUUUCCUCCCUGUUCAACCAGCUCGGCAAGCGCCUGCCCACCACGCACACCAUCAACCCGCGAGAGAGCGCCGUCCUGCUGGUCGAAUUCCUGCUGGCCGCCGUGGACAGUGAGCCUGACAGCCGGCUGACGGUGCUUUCCGUGAAGGCGAUGCUGGCCACCCUCUGCGGAGGGAAACUGUUGGAUAAACUCCGCUAUGUGUUUUCUCAGGUAUCUGACUCCAGCGGAGUGCUGGUACAGUCCAAAUUUGACGGUUUUCUGAGGGAGGUUCUCAAGCUGCCCAGCACUGUGCACGAAGGACCGUCCUUCGGCUACACACACACCUCAGCGCGCUCAUGCUUCCCCCAACAGAAGAGGGUGAUGCUCAACAUGUUCCUGGACAUUGUAGCUGACCCUCCUCAGUGUCUUGUCUGGCUGCCUCUCAUGCACCGCAUGGCCAACGUGGAGCAUGUCUACCAUCCUGUGUCAUGCUCCUACUGUCGUGGCAAUGCCAUGGUAGGCUUCCGGUAUCGCUGCCUCCGUUGCCGUGGUUACCAGCUCUGCCAGAACUGCUUCUGGCGUGGCCAUACCAGUGGCUCUCAUAACAACCAGCAUCAGAUGAAGGAGCACUCGUCCUGGAAGUCGUCGGCGUCAAAGCUUGGUCGAGCCCUGAGCAGGACUCUGGGCUGUGUUUCGUCCAGAGAGCCCCCUCAUCCUAUUUACCCAGAGGAACCCGAGAGGACCCUCAACCUCUCCAACCUAGUCCCCGCUCGCCCCGUUGGAAACACCAGUGACGCCAUGUUGCUGUCCACAUCAGUGCCUGAGUCCUCCAAAAGUUUGGCCGUGGCUCGGCGCAUGAACGAGGAGCACGCUCUGAUCGCUGCGUACGUGAACCGCCUCCAGAGCAGCCCGAGCAGCGUGGACAGUCCGCGCAGAGAAGACGAGGAGCACAAGCUGAUCGCCCGCUACACCUCCUGCCUGGCCGAGACCGACGGCCCCGGAGUGAUACCAAACCGGAGCAUCAACUUUGAUGUGAACAAACAGAAGAGGGAACUCAUCGCUCAGCUGGAGUGCAAAAACAGAGAGAUCUUGGCAGAGAUCAAGGCUCUCCGUGUAGAGCAUGACGCGGCGUGCCAGGCCACCACCAACCCGACUCUUCUGGCUGAGCUGCGGCUCCUCAGACAAAGGAAAGACGAGCUGGAGCAGAGGAUGUCGUCUCUGCAGCAGAGCAGGAGGGAGCUGAUGGUACAGCUCGAGGGACUGAUGAAGCUGCUCAAGGAUGAGGAACAGCGACAGGCCGCGCAGGCGGCAGGCUCCUCCCACGCCUCUCCUUCUAGGCCGAGCCCAUCAAGCGUCCGCUCUGUGGGCGCUGCGUCUCCCCCGGCUCACAUGUACCCUCCUCAGGAUUCCCUCGCUGGGGUCGGCGGUGACGUACAGGAAGCGUUCGCCCAAGGCCCAAGAAGGAACCUGAGGAACGACCUUCUGGUAGCAGCUGACUCCAUCACCAACACAGUGUCCUCACUGGUCAAAGAGCUCCACUCUGAUGAGGCUCGGGAGGAGGAGGAAAGAUUGCUGAACGGGAAGGACAGAGCAGGUUAACGUGAUCACAGGACAGACAAACACAGCAGACUGAUGUUUCACCUCGGGCCAAAGAAGAAUGACCCUGCUGAGAGUGAAAUGUCUUGUAAUUAUCGUUAGCCAACGGGUAUUAGAGCUCCAGUGCUGGUCAACCAAUCACGAUGCUGGACACCAAACGCUGGGUCCCUACUGAUGUAUAGCUGUGAUUCUGUGUGUCUUGUCACUGUGGUUUGACUUUUGUAUUCAUUUGAACAUGCAUAGCUUGACGAAAAUUUGAACCCUACUGAUUUGUACUGUAACGUGUGUGUGUGUGUAUGUGCGUGUGUGUGUGUGUGUUUUUCGAGGGUUGAGUAAGUGACACCAGGAAGGAACAGAAAGAUGUGUUCAGGCGGUUUUUGAAGGAUUGACAAGUACAGGAAAGUUUCAGGAUGGAAAUACAGGAUGUACAUAGUAUAGUGAAAAGAAAAACUGGGACAAACACUUGGGAAAGUCAAAAAGAAGCGAACUGAGUUGAAAUGUUUUAGUUUUUCAGCACUGUGUGCUUAGUAUUUAUUGCUUUUGAUUUGAUUUUUUGACAUCUAUUCAGUCAGUUUGAGUGUUUAUGUGAACGCGAUGGUGGUCCAGCUCUGCUGAGACAACAAGCUUUAAUGGGAUGUUUCCUGCUGUAUCGGACCCAGCGCAGUGCGUCUGAAACCUGGAGGAGAUUAGUGCACGGAUGCUGGAAUGACAGCAGCUCACGUUGUCCAGGCCUCCCUGUGUAUCUCAGUACUGCAGUGGGACAACAGUCAAAGAGGAGGUGUGUGUGUUUGUGUGUUGUGUGCGUGCGCGUGUGUGUGUGUGUGUGAGGAAGACCGACCAUUUGAUACCAAAAUGGGUGGAGUAUCCCAAUUACAUUUCUCAACUUGAGCUUGGAGCUCAAUGAUGGAAGGAAUGUGGAGGAGAGAAAAAUGUAUUAAACCAAAUUAUGUUUUUCCUAAACAAUCCCAACAAUUUCUUUAUACUUUCAGCUUCAACAAAUAAGGUCAACAAAGACAAUUAUUUUACAAUAAGAGGAGAAGAAAUUAAAAAAAGCGACACAAAGCUUGUAAUCAUGAAUGAAACACAGCUUAUGAUUCACCCUAAUUGUACUCCUUAAUCACUAUUUUCUCUGAUUGGAUGUUUUUUUACUGCAAAGAUGUCGUUUUUUUUCAAGUCAGUUUUUUCUUUCUCUACCAUCAAACUUUUAUGUUCACCAAAGACGUGAAAAGGUUCCAACCAUUACCAACCAUUAUCAAUGCAAAAAAACAACUGGGAUUUUACUUUGUAGAGUCCAAAGUCUUUCUCAUACUUUGCUGCUUUUUGUCAAGCUUCCUCUAAAAUCAGAAGUGUUAAAAUAGUAAAAUAAAAGUUUUCUGUUGGCGUCGAACACAACAAGCAGAAUGUUUCACAUCAAAAAUAUAAUACGUUUCAACGCCUCCAGACUGCUUGCGUCUGUGGUACAUUUUCUCUGAUUAAAUGACUGUAUAAGACAUUACAUACAUGAAUUAACUCGUGUUUUAGUGUGUGUGUGUGUGUGUGUGUGUGUGUGUGAGACACAAGAGUGAGUGAUAUCUUGAUUGACAGCACAGCUGUGUCCUGACAUGAAAGUGUAAACACGGCUCUGAACCUGCCUGAGCUGACUCUGUGAGUGAAAAAGCGUGUGUCCUCUGCAAUAAAUAAUAUUUAACGUUAAA